CACCCUGGAGCAAUACAGAGCUAGGGAACCUGGGGUUGUAAGGAUAUAGAACAGACUGAGGGGAGACAGAAAAAUAGAGAGAAAAAAGGGGAAAGGACAGAAGGAGAAAAGAGAGAAAGAGAGGUGGAGAGAAAAGAGACAGUCAGAGAAAGAGAUUAAGAGAGGAAGAAAGAGAUUGGGGGAGAUAGAGAGUGAAAGGGUGAGAGAGAUAGAGAGCUAUAGGAAGAGAGAUUUAAUGAGGGGCAGAGAGAGAGGAGGAAAGAGAGAGACUCUGAGAAGAGUGAGUAAGAGACUGAGGAAGAGUGAGUGAGCGAGAGGAAAAGAGAGAUUGAGAGAAUAGAGAGCGAGUUAGAGGAAGAGAGAGAAGAGAGUGAGUGAGUGAGGAGAAGAGAGACUGACAGAAGAGAGAGUGGAAAAGAGUGAAAGAGGAUAAGAGAGAGCGAGUAAGAGACCAAAAGAGAGACUGACAGAAGAAUAGAGAAUAGAGACUGAGAGAAGAGAUAGAUAAAAGGGAAGAAAUAUACUAGAUGUAAAGAGUGCAUGGACGCAGUACAGAUAGUGUAGGGCUGUAGACAAGGAUAGGGUCAGAUUAGACAUAUAUAUAUAGAGGCUAAACACUAAGGGAAAGAAGAGAGGAAAUUAAUAGAGCUUUUAAAACUGGAGACACUGAGAGCUUGGCCAGGGAUCCAAUCACUGUGCAGCGCUACACAGAGAACGAACAAAAACCACUAUCCGAGAGAUAAGAAACUGCACAAGACAGGGGGAAGGAGUGGGGUGUACCCUGGGGCUGGCUACACACUGUAAAUUCCUAACCUCAGUCAACGUUUCAAAGGAUAUUCAGCUGCAAUCCCCUCUCUCUCAAAAUGCCAUCUCUCCUGCCCCUGUUUUUCCUGGCACUCUUUUCGCUAGAUACUCUCUCUGUACCUACCUCUCCAAGUCAGCCAGGCUGUGCGGAUGGAAAUGGGGUUCGGGAUCUUCUGAAACGCCUAGAAAUUUUGGAAAAGUUGGUGAGGGAUAUUAAGGGACAGUGCAGUCAACCUUGUUGUGCAAGUGGGCAAACGGGUGCAGAUGACCCAUCAAGCCAUCGACCACUACCUUGCCCGCAGUCCUCUGAUGCCUGCCCCGAGGGAUGUGGAGGUGAUGCUCGUGGUAUCUGUGUGGAUGGGCAGUGCCAGUGUAAAGAUGGUUACAUGGGGGACAAGUGCGAGCUGGAAACUUGCCCAGAUGAUUGUAACGACCAAGGUCGCUGUGUGAAGGGGCGCUGCAUCUGCUUUAAGGGAUAUUUUGGUCCAAAUUGUGGCUCUAGAACCUGCCCUAAUGACUGCCAAAACAAUGGCCGAUGUGAAGACGGCAUUUGUAUUUGCGACUCUGGCUAUGUGGGACUGGAUUGCAGCACUAGAAUCUGCCCCAAGGACUGUCUGAACAGAGGGAAAUGUGUAAAUGGCAUUUGUGUCUGUGCAUCUGGAUUUACAGGAGUGGAUUGUAGCUCUAGAACUUGUCCCAAAAAGUGCCUGAACCGAGGGAAGUGUGAAAAUGGAGUCUGUGUUUGUGCUUCUGGAUUCACUGGGCCAGACUGUAGCUCUAGAACAUGCCCCAAUAACUGCCAAAAUCAUGGUCGUUGUGAAAGAGGCGUUUGUGUCUGUGAUCCAGGAUUUACCGGUUUUGACUGUAGCUCUAGAACAUGCCCCAACGACUGUCAUAAUCAUGGGAGAUGUGAGGAUGGUGUUUGUGUCUGUAAUCCUGGAUUUUCUGGAUCUGACUGUAGCUUAGAGACCUGCCCAGAGGAUUGUAAUGAGCAAGGCCAGUGUGUGUCUGGGGUGUGCAUUUGUGAACCCGGUUUUGUUGGCAUAGACUGUGGAACUAGAAUCUGCUCUCCAGAAUGUGAAAGACGUGGAAGGUGUGAAGAUGGAGAGUGUGUUUGCAAUCCUGGGUACACUGGUACAGACUGUGAAACAAAAACCUGCCCUAAUGAUUGCAACAAAAGGGGUAGGUGUGAUGAUGGAGAAUGCUUGUGUGAUUCAGGAUACACUGGUAUAGAUUGUGGGUCUAGAACAUGCCCCAACAAAUGUCACAACCAUGGUAAAUGCGAAGAUGGAGUCUGUGUCUGUAACCCUGGAUAUACUGGCCUGGACUGUGGCUCUAGAACAUGCCCCAAGAACUGUAGUGGAAAUGGGCAAUGUGUAAAUGGCAAGUGUGUAUGCGAUUCUGGGUUUUCUGGACCAGUUUGUGGCAUUAGGACAUGCCCAGUUGGAUGUACCAAACAUGGCCGCUGUGUGAAGGGAAGCUGUAUUUGUGCUCCAGGAUUUACUGGACCAGAUUGUGGAACUAAACUGUGUCCCAAAAACUGUCACAACCAAGGACGUUGUAAAGAUGGGGUCUGUAUCUGUGAUUCUGGAUUUGAUGGUCUGGAUUGUGGUUCUAGAACUUGCCCCAAUGAUUGUAAGGACCAAGGCCAAUGUAAUAAUGGUGUGUGUAUUUGCAAUUCUGGAUUUAGCGGACUGGAUUGUGGGUCUAAAACUUGUCCCAACAACUGCCAAAACCGGGGUCAGUGCAAUGAUGGAGAGUGCUUUUGUGAUUCUGGAUUUACCGGUCCAGAUUGUGGAACUAGAACUUGCCCAAAUGACUGCUACUACCGUGGUCAAUGUGAAGAUGGCAUCUGUAUAUGUGACUCAGGUUACACCGACAUUGAUUGUGGAUCUAAAACGUGUCCUAAUAAUUGUCACAACCAUGGUCAAUGUGAUGAUGGAGAGUGUAUUUGUGAUUCUGGAUACACUGGUAUGGACUGUGGCUCUAGAACCUGCCUGAAUGACUGUAAAAAUAGAGGUGUGUGUGAUGAUGGAACAUGUAUUUGUGAUUCUGGAUACACUGGUCCAGAUUGUGGAUCCAGAACCUGCCCCAACAACUGUAACAACAGAGGUAAAUGCAAUGAUGGGGAGUGUGUCUGUGAUUCUGGAUACACUGAUCUGGACUGUGGAUCUAGAACCUGUCCAGAAAACUGCAACAGCCGAGGUCAGUGUGAGGAUGGAGUGUGCAUUUGUGACUAUGGGUAUACUGGAGUAGACUGUAGCUCUACAGCCUGUCUAGAAAACUGCCAUAACCAUGGCUCAUGCGAUGAUGGCAAAUGUGUUUGUGAUAUUGGAUACACAGGCCCGGCCUGCGAAUUAAGAACAUGUCCAGAUAACUGCCUGAACCGUGGCCGGUGCGAGGAUGGCAUAUGUGUGUGCCAAGCUGGAUAUACAGGUCCUGAUUGUGGAUCUAGAGCCUGUCCCAAGGACUGCAGCGGCAAUGGCCAAUGUGUGAAUGGAAAAUGUGUCUGCAAUUUGGGAUUUUCUGGACCAGUCUGUGGAGCUCGUUCCUGUCCUGGAAACUGCGCUGGACGUGGGAAGUGUGUGAAUGGUCUCUGCAUUUGCAAGAAAGGCUUCACAGGAGUCGACUGCAAAGAGGUAAUCACAGAGGUAACAGCGGUCACUGGCCUGCGUGUCACAUCACAGGAAGAGACCACAGUGACUCUCGAAUGGGACCCCCCACAGACAACCCCAGACUCUUAUGACAUUUCUUUUAAAUCCAAGAAGGAGAAUGGUUUAAUUAACGGUACUCUGGAGGGGUCAGUUACCUUGUACCGUCAGACGGGUCUGGCGCCUGGCGAGGAAUACACUGUCACCAUACAUCCUUGCAAGGGACAGACCGUGGGGCCUGAUACUUCUGUUACUGCCAUUACUAAAGUUGAAGCUCCACGUGGACUCCGUGUCACAGAGCUCACCAUCUCCUCUUUCCUUCUGAGAUGGGAACGCCCCCAGUCCCUUCCAGAGAGGUACAUUGUUACACUAACAAUGCCCAAUGGGAAGGAGAGGAAGCUACGGGUCCCUGGAAAAGGGGACAAGGCAAGAAUCACAGGUCUGGAGGAAGGAACAACGUACAAGGUGACCCUAAGGGCAGAGAAGGGACAAGAGCAGAGUGAUGAGCUUGAAACAACAGCCAUAACAGCUGUUGGUGGUGGACGAAAGAACCUGGAUGAUGAUCCUAGAACAGUGGUAACCUCACAAAGUCAAGGUAGACCUGAAAAGAAAUUAUCUUCUGUAGAUGUGGAUCAUACAGAUCCUGCAUCAACUGUGGGAACUUCCUCUAAUGUAGGUGUGGGAGAAGAUGGUCUCCAGACAAGAGAGGUCUUAACAGACGAGCAAUACAAAAAAGGGAGUAGGGUAACACAUACCACCAAAAAGAAUACUAUUACAACCAUUAUCACCACAUAUCACACUCACCACCGUGAACAUGAAGGAGAGGAUGAUGUUAAUGUGGAAGAGCAAGGUCUAGUACCUGGCCAAGACAAAAUGGCUGUGACCACUCUUGUAGAAGAAGGAGAUCUUGGAGAGAGAUUUCAAGGGGAACCAAAUGUAAGGACUACCCAUUUUACAGAAAAAGUGCCUGGGCAUAUUGUAGAGAGAUGGGUUGUGAGAAGGAAUAUUACACAUUUUGGGACCUCCGGAGAGGAGACGCCAACAUACCUUCAGGAAGCGGAUGAAAAGACCAAAAAAAUUUACACUCACCUUAAGUUGCCUCCCUCUGAAUGGGAAGACGUUAGAGAAACAUCUGAUGGUUUGAAAAAAGGAGCACAAGUUAUUCAUUUUGGGUCCUCAAGAGAGAUGACUACAACACAUUCCGAGGAUGAAGAAUUGGCUACCCAAGUUCAAAAAGAAAGUGGAACCAAAAAUCCAUACAUCCAAAGUAAAUUCACCCUUCACUCUGGAAGUACUGAGCAUACAGAAACUUUAGCCAGAGAAUUGGAGCCAAGUGUUUUGCAUGAGAGCAACUCCGAAAAAGACCACAUGGACAGUAGUGGAGAAAAUGACUCAACUGAUGUCACAGCAGAUGGCAAAAAAUUGAAAAAAACAUCUACUAAAGUCACUGUACAUAGGAUUGUAACUACUUCAAAAAUAAAGCAUGUAGGGAAGGAAAGUAGGGAUCAUAAUGAGACCAAUUCAGAGAGAGAUGUGGAAGAGAACUUGAAGUUAGGGAAUAAAAACCAGACAAGAAUAGGGAAAACCCCAGUUCUGAGGGGAUCUGUUAUAAAGGAUGUUAUUGAGAACCUCCCAGAAAAGCUCUCCAUGUACAAUGGAACAUUUAUCCAACGUCUAGAAAGUUACCUACGUGCUACCAAUUACCCUCUAAAGGGCAACCAGACCAUUCAAUCAGUGGCCAGAUCAAUUUUCCUUUACUUGGUAAAGUGGAAGCCCCACAGCUUUACAGGACUGGUUUAUGAUCGUCUCCCUCAAAAGACCCCAGGAGCAAUAGGAAAUGAGGAACCCACAGGGUCAUCUAGAAUACGCGGUAACAGUGGUAGACUGGAAGAUGCUGUAGAAGAAACACAAGAAAAAAUAUCUUUGAAUUCAAAGGGGAGAAAGCCAGAGAGUAAAAAAAUUCCACCACUUCAUUCUGAGUUAAACACAUUAGGAAGAGUGGAAGCUGCAGGGGAAGUAGAAAUUCCAGUAUCAUUGACUGUACAAAACUAUGGGUCCAUUUCUGACCAUACAGAUGCAAGUAAUAGUGUAGUAAAUCUAAUUCCUAAUCUAGAGAAAAGGCAAGUAGAUAAAGAAGGCACCUCAAAAAAUACAACUACAAAAGCUACAUUAGAAAAGAUCUCUGGUAGGGGAUCCCAUAGAAGAAUAACUCCUACUAAAAAGCCUCCAAUUUCUGAGACGAAAAAGGAAUUUUCUGUGGAUGAAAGGGUUGUGUCAAAAACUGAGAUAAAGGAAAAGGAUAGAAUGGAUAUAGAAGACAGAGAGGGACAAACCUCAAAGGAUUAUGAGAAACCUACUAAUAGAACAAAACCAGAUAGGUCCACUGUAAGGCCUGUAGAACAAGGCAUACCAUCUACCCAUCCAAAGAAAACAACACAAACAUCUAAGCCUUCCUCAGAGAUUACAGAAGAAAGUAAUGUUGAACGGAGUUCACCAAUAUCAGAAAAUCUGAAAAUAAAACCAGAAUCUGAGAAAGAGGAGGAUGUGUCUGAAGGAUCAUUAAUUUAUGAUAUCAAGAAGAAAGAAGACCUAAUUAAAGGAGAUACCAAAACACAGAAAUAUCCUCAAAUUUUGGCACCAACUCAUCCUAGAGUCAGACAAGGGCAAAAGGAGAGAGACAGGGAACUUGUAAAUGAAGGAUUGGGCAGUAGUGAGAGCACUGGUAAAGAAAGGGAGUCAUCAUUGUUGAUUAAACAAGAAAUAAAUAAAGAAACAAGGAUAAAGGAAGAGAGAAAAACUGUUGUCAACCAAAUUGUUGGCUCUGUAGAUGAACAAGACCAAACUGACUCGUUGAGAGAUACAUUUUCUGUUAAGGUGCCUGGACAAGGGUCUCAUGGCUUACAAAGGAUUCUACAGAAGACUUCAACCAGCCUUGUGCUAUCCUUAGAGGGUCUUGGAGUUCUUUGGGACAGGGUUUUAGUCCUUUACCGUCCCUGGCCUCCCAGCACCCGGGUCUCUCCUCAGCAACUGGAAGUGGAGAAAGGAGCAAAGGAGUUGGAGAUCGGGGGUCUUAAACCAGGGACAAGUUACAGAAUUGAACUUCAUGGGUUUGUGAGGGGCCGCUCAUCCAAGUCCUACUCACUAGUAGCUGUCACAGCCCAGGAGCCGACUCCCACUCCUAUACAAUCAGAAAUCAAGGCGACCAUUGCUCCAACAACUCCUCAAGCAGAAGUGAUCCCUACCAAGGCUCCUACAGUCACUCGAAGACCAACUGGAUCCAUGGCUCAGAUGGGGGCUCUGCAAGUGCGAGAUGUGACAAGUGACAGUGUCACCCUAGUAUGGAAGGCCAGGAAUGGCACCUAUGAUUCUUUCCUAGUCCGUUAUGAAGAUGUGACAGACAACCUCAGGCCACCGCAAGAAACAUCAGUUCCUGGAGAUCUUAGAAUAGUGACACUAAAUGGACUUAUCCAGAACACCAGAUAUGCUGUGUCUGUCUAUGGGGUGAAUGGAGGAAAGCUCUCCCGACCACUUAAAGAGGAGGUGACAACAGAGUCUGAUGCAGACAGAGGCACAGCCCCUCGCCUUUCUCCUCUCUCAGUGUCUGAUGUCAGGCCGGACUCAUUUAUAUUAACUUGGGAACCCCUAGAUGGAGACUUUGAUGCAUAUUUGCUUCAGUAUGGACCUCCUGGGGGUCCCAGCCAAGAACUUACUCUAAGAGGGGAUGAAACAUAUUUCCGUCUCACUGGACUGGUCACAGGGGUCAAUUACACAGUGGAACUUCAUGGAAUAUGGGGAGAAAAGUAUAGUGAACCAGAGAAUAUUUAUGUGUUGACAGUGAAGCCUCAGCCUCCCCAACUGGAAUCUCUAUCUGUUUCUGAUGUCCGCAGUGAUUCAAUUGUUCUCUCCUGGCUUGUCCAAGGCGAAGACUUUGAUUCCUUCCUCCUGUCCUAUCGAGAUGCUGAGGGUAAACAGCAGGAAAAAUCUCUGGAAGGAGAUCUCCGUACUGUCAAAAUUAAGGACCUAAGGCCGGGAAAAAAGUAUAAAUUUGCCCUGUAUGGAAUUUCAGGAAAUAAGAGAAGCAAAUCAGUGAUAGCUGAGACCGUCACAGCAAAACCUGUGCCUCCUCAUUUGGAAUCAAUCUCCGUAUCAGAGGUCCACAGUGACUCUAUCGGACUUUCCUGGGAAGUUAAAGAUGCAGAAUUUGACACGUUCCUUCUCUAUUACCGAGACGCGGAGGGGAAACCGCAGGAAAUUUCUCUUGAAGGAAAUCUCCGCACUUUUACUGUCAGUGACUUGAGGCCUGGAAAGAAAUAUAAAUUUGUUCUGUAUGGCAUUUCAGGAGGGAAGAGAGGAAAAGCUGUUAUAGCAGAAACCAGUACAGCACGAAGGGAGAAACCAGUUGCACCUUCUCCCUCUACUCCUGCUGUUGCCCGUCUGGUGGAUCUGGAAGCCUCUGAAGUGGGUAGGGAUUCUGUGAAGUUAUCCUGGAGAGUAGAAGGGGAACCUCCUUUUGAAUGGAUUGUGGUACAGUAUCGGGAUCCAGAAGGGGGAGUCAGAGAGCUGCAAAUUCCUGGAGGAGACACCAGCACAUAUGUACCAGGGCUGCUGCCAUCCAGAAAGUAUAAAUUCAAUGUCUAUGGUGUCAUAGGAGAGACGAGAAGCAAAAGUAUUUCUACUGAGGUUAUGACAGAUUUCCCUGAGGCUGUUGGACAACCUUCUUCGCUUCUGGAUGAUCUCUUCCUAGCUCCACAAGGUCCUCAUGCAAUGCUUCUCUCCUGGGAGGCUCCUGAGGGCUCCUUUGACUCUUUCCGUGUACAGUACACACCCCAGGGACAUCAGGGGUCAACAAAAGAAGCCUGGGCUGAAGGUUCUGCCCGCACACUUCUUCUGUCUGAUCUUCAAGCUGACACUCUUUACACAGUGACAGUAUAUGGUGUGCGUGAAGAAAAAGAGCAUGACAGCCUGGAAGCAACAGGGAGGACAGGACCUCUUGAACUGGAACCCCCACUGAACAUACGAUUUAAUGACAUAGGAGAAACAUCUGUCAUUGUGAACUGGGACCCUCCUAGUCCUGAAACCACAACAUUCAAAGUAUCCUAUCAACUGGCCGAUGGAGGGGAACCAGAGAGCAUCAGUGUGGUGGGCUCCAGUACCCCCCUUCAAGGCCUGAUCCCAGGGACUCGCUAUGAGGUCACAGUGGUUUCUGUGAGAGGCUUUGAAGAAAGUCAACCUCUAACUGGAUACACAACUACGGUUGGAGGUGGCCCACGCUCUCUUCGUGCUCUUGACGUCACUGAAGAGUCAGCUCUUCUACGCUGGGAUCCACCACUAGGACCUGUGGAUAAUUACUUAGUGACAUAUACAGCAGAAAAUAUACACACAGUUACACAGAAUACUGAUGGUGACCGGACUGAGUAUCGUCUCACCGGGCUGCAACCUCACAGUGAAUACACAGCGAGCGUACAGAGUAUACAUGGGUCUAAAAUCAGCCCCCCAGCGACCACCUCCUUCACUACUAGUGACAACAGCCCACGGGAUCUCUCGGCCAGUCAGAUCAUGGCACACAGCGCACUGCUCACAUGGACUGCGCCACAGGCGCUCCCUGACGGCUACAUACUAACCUACACCGCGCCUGAAGGUCACGUGAAGGAAAUCCGUCUAUUGCCGAAUCUCUCCUCAUUUACCAUGAGCCAGCUGACGCCUUCUUCACAGUACCGAGUCCAGCUCCGUGCCCUUUAUGGCGGUACCAGCUCCGCUCCUAUUUCCACAUCCUUCACUACAGGUCGUCUGAGAUAUCCAUUUCCUAGGGAUUGCUGGGAGCAUCGGAUGAAUGGAGAUUUAAAGUCUGGUCCAUUCACUAUAUACCUGGGGGGAGCUAGAGAAGAAUCUCUACCUAUAUAUUGUGACAUGGAGACUGAUGGUGGAGGCUGGAUCGUCUUCCAGAGGCGGAUGGACGGAAGCACAAAUUUCUUUAGAGACUGGAACGAUUACAAGGAUGGGUUUGGGAAUCUAACUUCAGAGUUCUGGCUUGGCAACAUCGCACUGCACUAUUUGACAUCUUCUGCGCCAUAUGACUUGCGGGUAGAUCUUCGGGCAGGAGAAGAAUCAGCUUAUGCUGUCUACGAUGAUUUUCGAGUAGAGUCUGAAGAUCAACACUUCAGACUGCGUCUGGGACAAUAUCGAGGAGAUGCAGGGGAUUCUCUGGGCUAUCAUAACAACAUGAUUUUCUCCACUCGUGACCGAGAUGCCAAGAAAAGAAUCUUACCAUGUGCCAUGUCAUACCGCGGAGCCUGGUGGUACCGCAACUGUCAUUACUCCAACCUAAAUGGGAUGUACGCAAACAAUAAGGACCACCAGGGUAUUAACUGGUUUACGUGGAAAGGUUUUGAAUUUUCUAUCCCAUUCACUGAGAUGAAGAUACGACCAAGAGGAGUAGGCAAUUGGCGGCGUUUCUAGAGCCUCUGGCAAUGUGGAACCACUUUACUGAAAACUGGAAGCAUUGUGGCACCCCCUGAUAUAUACGCCCCCCACCUUAUUCCUCCGGAGUCUGUCUGGAUACCUAUAGAGGUGGAAGCUAGCAAAAAAAAGUUAUCGAACCAGAAUGUAGAGUCUUAUUAUUUCAUGUUCUAGACUAGAUUAGGGAAUACUGGGUCUAGAACAAGGUCGAAGGUCUUUUGUCAGUCUCUAGAAAAGUAUGGGAUCAGUGGCCCUACAAAACUAGAACGUUAAAAAAGAUUUGCAACUUAGAACUACAAAUAAGCUAGGAGCAGAAUCUAGAAGCUAAGAGAAAACUGCUUACAAAAUCACGAAAAAAGCGAUUAAAAUAUGAAAACUAAAUAAAAAGGAUACUUGGAAAACAUUUUAAAAGGGGAAUUGUAUCUAUGUGAGAAGUACAUCUCCUAAAUAAUAUGAGCGGGGGUGUCACAGCCAUUAGAAGGAAGGUGGUUAAGGUUUUUUUUAACCCUAUGCCCCCUACCAAUAUAUAAAUAUAUAUAUAUAGCAAAUGGAUACACUGUCUAUUUUUAUAAAAACACAUCGUAGAGAGGGAAAUUAUGGGAUAGAAAAAGAUGGAGGGGGUGUGUUCAGUAAACUGCUUGCAAUAAAAAACUGAUGGGACAUUAACCUUGUUUCUAUGUGUGUGCGUAUAAAUAUAUAUAUCAGAUACAGAGUAAUUAAAUAUGCACAAUUUUA